GGGUGCACAGUAAAAGCACUCUUUGUGGUGUCUCUUGGUGGGAUUAUCCUCUUGAGACUGUGUAUUCCUAUGUGCCCAAUUUCUCUGAAGCACGAGAUCACGAGAUACAUACAAGAAAUGAAAAGGCGAGUGAUGAUGGGAGCGUCACAAACCUUGAGGAUUUGUUCAGAGCUACGGCAUUUGCGUGUCAA